UUCAAUAAAGACUUCCGGCCGCGUAGAGCGGAGUUGCAUUCUUGAGGGUCGGAAUUCUGCUGAAUAUUUGCGGAUCGGGAAUCACAGAUUACUGCAUCCAAUGUCGUGACAUAUAGAGAGGAAUUUGAGUCAUGUAUUCUGGAAAAUCAUGCAGCAGUUACGACAGUGACUCCAGCGACAAUGGUACCAUCACCGAUCAGGACUAUGACAGCAGCUCGCAGAGUGACACCUGUGGAAAGAAACACAUCAACAGAGGGCGCUGGACUAAAGACGAGGAUGAAACUCUCCGUCGGGUGAUCGAAACUUACGGCUCGGAGGACUGGAAGCACGUUGCCAGCUUCUUCCCCGACCGCUCCGAGAUGCAGUGCUACCAUCGCUGGCAGAAAGCACUCAACCCAGACCUCGUGAAAGGACCCUGGACCAAGGAGGAGGAUGACAGAGUGGUUCAGCUGGUCAAGCAGUACGGUCCUAAACGCUGGUCUCUCAUCUCCAAGUAUCUGGCUGGCCGAACUGGUAAACAGUGUCGAGAGCGAUGGCACAACCACCUCAAUCCAGACAUCAAGAAGAGUGCCUGGACGCAGGAUGAGGAUCGCAUCAUCUACAAUGCUCACAAGCGCCUCGGCAACCGCUGGGCUGAGAUUGCCAAGCAGCUCCCGGGCAGAACGGACAACGCCAUCAAGAACCACUGGAACUCGACGAUGAAACGGAAAGUGGAGACACAGAAUCCCUACACUCCGGUCAAACAACUUCCCCUUAGCAACCAGAUCACCUGUUUCUAUCAAGACUCUAUUUCCGCAGCAGAGUCAUCGCGCCCUACACAGAACGCACCGAGGACUCGGGGCUCAGGGCAGGGAAUCGUCCGUACAUUGCACCAGACCCAUAGCACCAGUUCAGCCACUCGGCAACAGCCAUCAGUCAGUCAGUGGACAUCUCCUGAUCGCCGCCCAACAAACCGUGGUGCAGAGGACAGUCCGAUGUUUUGGAUUGUCCGUGACGAGGAGAUUUUGAGUCCAAUGAGGGGUAUGCCCGACUUCACCGACACCUCUAACCUCCUGGAUCUGGACAUGUCAGUACCCGAUUUCAAUGAUUUUGAGACGAUGCUGAGCAACCAGGACAAUGAAUCCCCUCCGUUCGCGAGCCGGGGGAUGUCUCUCAGAAAUACUACAGGUUACCACUUUGACAGUCGGGCCAUCAGCGAGUUGUCCAGGGGCAGCUACGGCAGUCUCAUUCCCAUCACAUCGCCCAUCACGUCAAAGUUCAGCACGCCGCCGACUAUCCUCCGCAAGAGCAAGCCACGGCUGCGCUCCAGAAGAAUCUUGGAAGGGAGCAUCCCAACCACACCCAAAGGCACGCCCAUCAAGAGCCUGCCAUUUUCGCCCUCACAAUUCUUGAAUUUGGAAAAGCCCAGUCAGAGCAGUGGCAGCGAGCAGGUCAUGACCUCCACACCCGUCAUCAAAUCUCAUCAUGCAACACCCAAGAUAUUCACCACGGGAACCCCGGGCACCAGGUAUGGCUGUGGCCGAAUGGGGCACUUCCGAACACCAAAUAAUGCCAAGCGUUCUCUGCUGGAGUCUACUCCUAGGACGCCGACCCCCCUCAAAGAUGCCCUGGAGGCACUGGAGAAAAGAAGCGGAACAAGUAGAUUCAUGCCGUGUACUCCAGGACAACUGGAAGACAUCUCGGAGAUCAUCAAACAGGAUUGCGGCUCGGCCUCGUCACUCAAACGAGUGUCGGUACGAAUCUCCUUGUGUGAGCCACCAGCUAAGCGAGUCCGCAAGUCGCUCACCAACCAAAUGACCUUUGACACAGACCUCAGCUCCAGUCACUUUGCCGAUGACGAGCAAAGUCACAGCCUCCUCUCGGAGUCGCUGCUCUUUUCUCCCCCCCUCCACUCUGGCGCCAUGGCGACCGGCUCCUUCAACAGCGCCUUCUUGUUGCCCGUCUCGCCGGUCAAGACCGGGGAUGGCCUGGCCGGCAGACAGUCAAAGAACAGCACCCACGAGACACCGUUCAAACCCCCGCCUAUGCUGGACAGAGCAUGGGAGAGGAUUGCCUGCGGGAAGUCGGACGAUCAGAUCUACAUGACAGAGCAAGCCAGGAAGAUCCUACGAUCCUGUCGGCCGCGAUCCCUCAAGCUCUGAGCCUGCGGGCUCCCCACGGUGGCUUGACGUUGUCGAGAAGUACACUGCUCGAGUGCCGUCAAUUACACCCUUUACACAAACGGGGUCGAGUUUCAGGGGUGCAACUUUUCCUCGGGUCACCCGACUCUCUCAUUUCUCACUUCUUGCGCUACUCGCUACAAAUUGAGAAACACCUUAUGAAGUCUAGUAUAGUUGGGAACCGGGUAAUUCCAGAAAUUAGGGGUCGAUUUUUUUGGUGUCUCUGUCACAUCUGACAGGAUUUUGUAAGUUCAGAACGUAUUUUGUAAUUUCCAAGAGUGGUGAAUUAAUGCAAAUGACCUGCCAAGUAGUUUGGAAAUCAAUGCUGGUGAUAUUUCCAUGUCAAAUAACAAAGGCCAGAUGUAAACAAGGACACACAAAAAAACUUUUGGACCCCCUUAUUUCUGGAAUUACCCACCUAUGUAUCUUGUUUUUUAUUGAAUUGCCAGCUGUAUGCCUAAAAUUGAAGAGUUGCCAGAAGACUUGUAUUUGUGACCCGUUUCUGCUUUGCACGACCUUCCCGUCAAUAAAUCGCUGUCUUCAGAAGUAUAUUGUUAAAAAUUAGCACCCAAGGAUUCGUUGUUGCACUGACAAGGAACUCCUGCAAGCAUAUGUCCUUGUUUUGGUUUGCGGAGUGAACAUGCAUGUUGUGGUUUGAGGUAAAGUGUAGCAUCGGUGAUAACCCAAAUAAUACAGUGUGCCGUGGAAGAGUUACUGAAGAGACCUCUUGCAAUGCAUUACAGCACAAAGCCAACAUGAUACAUCCAACUGAAGAGGGCCUUGUGCUGGACACGAGGACUUACCACAGAAUUUACUUUGAAACUGGGGAUUGGAAAGGACAGCCGUUCACCAACGUACCAGAAAUGAUUUCAGUGUUGAAGUCGAGAUCUCUCAGGACCGUCACAAUACCUCUGGUCUGAAUUCAAGCCACAAACCGUUCACCCUGUUGCCGAUGACUGGUCUCGUAAAAGGGCUUGUGACGGUCUCGACUACAACACCGGUAAAUUUGGCACGCCGCAAAAAUAUCGACGAGAGCUUUUUCCGGGUGUUUUCACAUUGCAAGUCUCACGUGUUCAAUGAGUACGAAUCGGCGGAGUUGUUUCGAGUACCCCCCAAAAUAUUUUUGUGUCAUUCCGGGAGAACAGGUUGUGCAUUGUCAGCACCUGUUUGAGAAAGCCAUAUAUUUUGAUGUACACGUUGUACAUAGAUGUAUUUACUUUUACAUAGACCGAGGUGAAAUUUUAGAAUGGGACCAAUUUAGGAUUGAACAUAAAAUGCUAGAACAAAUUGUCUGUUUUAUAGAACGGAAUAAAACUGCACAAAAAGUGGGCAGAAAAAGCUUUUUAAUAGCAACUGUAAAAAAAAAAGAUUACUAUGUAAAAAAAAAAAAUAGAAAGAUGUCAUACAUGUAGGUGGAAAGUUUCUGACGUGGAAGAGAGUGUGUGAUUGAAAUGUGGGGGGAAAAAACCCACUUUUUAAUCUGAUGUUUUAAGAUCCUAGAAAAAUCAUGAACUAUGUAU